CAUAGAAUUCAGAUUGGUCUUUAUUCCAAAUAGAAUUCAGAUUGGUCUAUGCAGUGUGGAUUCUUUGCUCUCAGUUUCCAAAGCCGUAUCUGCUAGUUUAGUAUUACUUUUGGAGGCUCAAAAGGUGGUUUGAACUUUUGAGGCCACCAACUGGUCCACGCUUUGACUGGUGGCUGCUGCUGUUUUGGGUCAAAGUAGAGCUGGCAAUAAUGAUCUGCCUAAGGCACCCAGCUCAGUUUCGAUGAUUUCAAUUCUUCUAUUAUUUACAGCUUUAGUAGGUCUUGAAUUUUGAGGGUUUUGGAUAUUUGGAUUGCUUUUUGAAGGGUUUGAGAGUUGUGGGUACUUUUUUGCUGUUUGUGGUUUGUCAAGUUGUCAGAUUCAAAUUUUAGUGGGAUUCAGGGAACUCAGCUCAUGUUUCUUGUGCAUUCAAGAAUUUGGGAAUUGGGGAUUGUUACUGAGGUUUUCAGAGUUGCGGUUUUGGUGGGUUUCUGUUGUUGAGGGCUGUGCAUAAGGUGAAAUGGGAAGUAAUGGCGUAGACCAUCCGUUGAAAUUAUCCGAAGAUGAAAGUGUUAGCAGCCCAGGACAGAGUUCUUUUCGGAAGGCAAAGACUAAGAGGAUUAAUUCGGGAGGGCGUUCUUCGGUUCUGGAGAUUUUUCAGUCAAAAGAGUUUGAUGAUGGUUCUUCACCUCGGACAGGUUUGGACCACUGGAUCACUGCACCUAUUGGCACUCCCAAGAAUUUGUUAAUUGAUGAGCAUGAGAUUAAAUUCGCUAGAUCGUUGACGGAGAGGAGGGAAAGUCGCAGGCAUGAUCUAAUGCUGGAUAGACUGUCUGAACGUGACAAGAAAAAAUUAAUUGUUGAGAUGGUCAAGAUACAAAAUGAUGGAACAGUAGAAGUUGAUUUAGAGAGAAGUGCACCUGUUGCAUCUGAAUUGUUAGAGCUUCAUUCUGUUGAAGAUGUGCCCAUCAGUCUAGAUGAUACGACUUCCAGUAUAACAAAAUCAAUUCCAAGAUUGAAAAUUGCCAUGCUUGUGGUUGGAACAAGAGGAGAUGUACAGCCUUUUCUAGCUAUGGCGAAGAGAUUUCAGGAAUUUGGUCACCGUGUUAGGUUGGCGACUCAUGCUAACUUCAGCACUUUUGUUAAGUCAGCUGGUGUAGAAUUUUAUCCGUUGGGUGGUGAUCCUCGUGUUUUGGCAGGAUAUAUGGCCAGAAAUAAAGGUCUCAUUCCAUCUGGACCAGGAGAAAUAUCUAUACAAAGAAAGGAACUAAAGGCAAUUAUUGAAUCUCUUCUGCCGGCUUGCACAGAGCCAGAUAUAGAAACUGGAUUACCUUUUAAGGCACAGGCAAUUAUUGCGAAUCCUCCUGCUUACGGACAUGCACAUGUUGCUGAAGCUCUUGGAGUACCCCUUCACAUUUUCUUCACAAUGCCAUGGACGCCUACUUAUGAAUUCCCUCACCCACUGGCACGGGUGCCUCAGAGUGCUGGUUAUUGGCUUUCAUAUAUCGUUGUGGAUUUACUGAUAUGGUGGGGUAUUAGGAGUUAUAUAAAUGACUUCAGGAAAAAAAAGUUGAAGCUUGCUCCUAUUGCAUACUUCAGCACAUACCAUGGCUCAAUAUCUCAUUUGCCAACAGGGUAUAUGUGGAGUCCUCAUGUUGUACCAAAACCAAGUGAUUGGGGAUCUUUAGUGGAUGUUGUCGGUUAUUGUUUCUUAAACCAUGGGUCCAAGUAUCAACCUCAAGACGAGUUUGUUCAGUGGAUUCAGAAAGGGCCAAAACCUAUCUAUAUUGGAUUUGGAAGCAUGCCCCUUGAGGAUCCCAAGAAAACUACUGAUAUUAUAUUGGAGGCGUUGAAAGACACUGGACAGAGAGGAAUAAUUGAUAGAGGUUGGGGAGACCUAGGGAAUUUAACAGAAGCAUCCGACAAUGUUUUCCAAUUGGAGGACUGCCCUCAUGAUUGGCUGUUUCCUCAAUGUUCAGCAGUGGUUCAUCAUGGCGGUGCUGGAACUACAGCUACCGGAUUAAGAGCUGGGUGUCCAACAACCAUAGUACCAUUCUUUGGAGAUCAGUUCUUCUGGGGUGAUAGGAUACAUGCGAAAGGACUGGGACCUGCACCAAUACCUAUAUCCCAGCUCGACGUUGAGAGUCUUUCAAAUGCUAUUAGAUUCAUGCUGGAGCCAGAGGUUAAAUCUCGAGCACUAGAAAUAGCAAAGUUGAUAGAGAAUGAAGACGGUGUUGCAGCUGCAGUUGAUGCAUUUCACCGGCAAUUACCUCCUGAGCUACCAUUACCAACUGCAUCUUCAGAAGAAGAUGAACCUGUAAACCCCUUGCAGUGGCUCUUUCUUCAAGUUGAAAAAUGGUGCUGCCUGCCAUGUGGUUCGUAAGAUUUGUGCUGUAUCAUGUACUAGUGUAUAGGUUUUUUUUUUUUUUUCAAUAUUAUUUUUAGUCAUAUCAUAUUCAUAUUUUUUUUUCAAUAUUAUUUUUAUAGUCGUAUCAUAUUCAUCUUGCAUUUCAUUCGUUCCAUUCUUGGCUUCCCAGUGUGGGUUUGAUUAAUAAUAUUGUUUAGAGCUACCGUAGAUUUCUGACAGCUUGUGUGAGAGUUUUAGGUUUCUUGUACUUCAUUUUCGGUUUGAAAAGCUGAUCUGUAGUGAGAAACUAUGCGGAACUUAGCCAAAUUAUAUUAAAUUAAUUUUUGGUCCCUUCUUUCUCA